AUGCAGCUCUCCGUCUCUGCCCUGCUCGGCCUUGUCGCCGCUGCCAAUGCCCACGGUCUUGUUACCUCGCCGGCUACCCGCACGCCCGGGGCUGCCACGGCGGCCGUUUGCGGCGAGACCAUGGUCAAAUUCUACCAGGCCGACAACACGUCGUACCCCGAGGCGCUCUUCCGCGCCAACCCCAAAGGCAUCGGCGCAGACUACAACGCCGCCAAGUGCAACCUGUACCUGUGCCGCGGCUACCAGUUCGGCGACAACACCAAGAAUGUGCAGUCGUACAAGCCGGGCGAGAAGGUCGACAUGGACGUGUUCAUCCGCAUCCCGCACAAGGGCUAUGCCAACGUGUCGGUGGUCGACACGACGACCAACAAGAUUCUGGGCGCGCCGCUCAUCGACUGGCCGAACAACUACGCGGCGACGCUGACGCCGCCGGCGAACCAGACCAAGUUCAGCGUGACGAUCCCGACGACGCUGGGCGACCAGUGCACGACGGCCGGCACAUGCGUCCUGCAGUGGUACUGGCUGGGGCAGGGCCAGACGUACGAGUCGUGCGUCGACUUUACGACGCCCAAGACGACGCCCAUGCGGUUCACGGCAUAA